AUGCGGCGAGCGCAGACAGUGAGACACUAUGGCCGCCCUUCCAUCGCUCUUGGCGCAGACGAUCUCGGGAUGCUGAAAGAAACUCCAGAAGAAUCCGCUGAGGAUGUGCUGCGACGACAACUGAUUGAGAAAGAUAGAGAAUGCGAUAGAUUGCAGACACAAAUCCAAGCAUUACAGGCCCAACUCGCACAGCGACCACCGCUGGAGGCAGUGCAAGCUCUAGAGAAGGAAUAUACAAAUCUAGACAUUCUCUUACAGGGAACCCAGAGAGAGAACGAGCGUUGUAUGGCAGAGUUGGACAGGGGGAAGACACGGGAAAAGAUGCUUGAACGUGAGCUCGAGAGAUUGGCUGGGGCUAAUUGGCAAGCCAACCUGAACAUCACCCCAACGUCGGCUCCGGCUAUUGCAAACCGCGGGACAGGCAUCUUGAACCCGCACAAAUCGAACCCUACGCCGCCACCCCUAGAUGCUGCUAGUGGUGGAUUGCAUUCGAUUGAUCACCCACACCAGGCCAAUGGCGGCCCCAGUGCUUCAUUGGCUCAAGUUGAGCAGGUCCGUCUGCUGAUUCUCGGCAUGGAGCAGCGCCUGCAAUCACGAGAGGAGAAGUUGCUCAAGACUAUCGAACGUGCGGAGACCGAGUCCGCGCGAUUCGAAGAGAAGAGGAAACAGGUGUCAUCGGCAACGUGUUAA